AUGUCACGCUGCCAGACAGUUUUAUAUUUAAACCUAAUCGCUUGGUUAUUUAUUAAAUUAUGUACGAUUAGCCAUGAAAUGUACCAAGUUCAUAAGAUAAAUUCAAUUAGUCCUAAUCGCACUAGAUCGUAUAUAAAAAAGACUGCUGAGACUGAUGCAUUUAGUGUAAAGUCUAAAAGCAGAAGAAACAAAGGCAUGGAGGAUUGUGAAAUUAUUGGAAUGAUAUUCGAAAUGAUUGGGGACCUGCUGUUUGGCAGUGAUACCUCAUCAGAUGAUGACUAUGAUUCGUCAAGCACCUAGAUUAUUAUAAUCCGCAAGCCUAAUAUAAGUAAUCAAGUGCAUUAAUCCACUAAUAUAUACAAAAUACAAUUAACCUUCAAAAUAAAGCUAUAAAUACUAAACAAAAUUGUGAAGCUACCAAAGUACAACCUACAAUAUGGACUGCUGUGAGCUGCCGGAAAUAUUUUUGAGCUUCCUCAACGACCUCUUCUUCUCAGAUAUAAGUAAUGAAUUUGUAAUAUUACCAAAUAGAGCUGUAAUCGUAUUAUUUAUUGUUUAUAAAGCCGAUGAGGAGUACUUUGGCGAUUAUAACGACAACUACAAUUGAAAUAGACCAGCGAUCGUGAGCAAAUAAAGUUGAUAUGAGCAUUUA